AUGAGGUCAUUUCUUUCUUUUCUAUUACUUGGCUUCUGGGGAGCUUGCGUACAUGCCUUGAGUAGCUCAGGAUCCCGAUUGCUUGUCGUUUUGGAGGAGAACAAGAGCUUAUAUUCGGAUUUAUGGGCUGAUCUAGAAGGCCGCGGCUACGACAUUACUUUCGAAUCUCCCAAGAGCGACCAGUUGUCGUUAUUCGCACAUGGAGAAAAGGCAUAUGACCACCUUAUUCUUCUCCCAUCCAAGUCGAAAGGUCUUGGUCCCGCAUUGACACCCAAGCUCCUACUCGACUUCCUCAAUGAUGAGGGCAACGUUCUUCUCGCCCUCUCCGGAAGGUUCACCACUCCUAGCUCCAUCAAUGCUCUCCUCCUUGAGCUGGACCUUCACAUCUCGCCUGACCGUUCGUCUAUUGUGGUUGACCACUUCAACUAUGACACCAUCUCCGCCGCCGAAAAGCACGAUGUCCUCCUCGUGCCCCUCCCCGAUCCCGUGAGAUCAGAUGUGAAAUCAUACUUCUCCGGUGAAGGUGUGCUAGCUCUCCCUCGACCAGUGGGACAGUCCCUCGGCAACGCUAGUCCGCUCCUUACACCUAUCGUCCGAGCCCCCGAAACUGCUUAUAGCUACAAUACCAAGGAUGAUUCUCUUUCCGUUGAGGACAGCUUUGCGACUGGCUCGCAAUUAGCCUUGGUAUCGGCAUUGCAGGCCAGGAACUCUGCUCGUUUCACUGUUCUCGGAUCUGCGGAGGCUCUUGAAGACAAGUGGUUUUCUGCUUCUGUCAAGUCUCCUAAGUCCAAGUCCGCAGUUACAACUGCCAACCGACAGUUUGCCAAGCAGCUUACCGGCUGGACGUUCAAGGAACUUGGUGUCUUGAAGGUUGGAAAGAUUGAGCAUUAUCUCAGUGAUGAGUUUGGCAAUAUCGAAGGCGAGGUCAACCCAACCAUCUAUCGCAUUAAGAACGACGUAACCUUCGAUAUUGAAGUCUCCGAAUACGAAUUUGAUAAGUGGGUGCCAUUCAAGGUCCCCGCCAACGACGAACUUCAACUUGAAUUCAGCAUGCUGUCCCCCUUCCACCGUCUGAAACUGCAGCCCAAGACUACUACUCAGAAUAGCACAAUAUUCGGCGUCACAUUCACCACACCCGACCAACACGGCAUUUUCUCUUUCCGAGUAAACUAUCUCCGCCCGUUCCUGACCAACGUUGAAGAGAAGCACGAAGUCACAGUCCGACACUUUGCACACGAUGAGUACCCUCGAAGCUGGGAGAUUACUGGUGGCUGGGUCUGGAUUGCGGGACUUUGGGCAGUUAUUGGCGGAUUCAUUGCCUUUGUGCUUGUCUGGCUUUAUUCGGCCCCGGUGCCGAGUCCAGAGGCGACGAAGACCAAAUAG